AUGGCUACUCCUACGAACCAGACAUACCUAAUGGUUGCCGCCAUUGACUUUGGCACAACCUACAGCGGCUAUGCUUUUUCUUUCAUGUCGUCACCAGACGAUAUCAUCGUGAAUAAAAACUGGGGCGCAGACGUGGGCUUUCAGUCGUACAAAACACCGACAUCGGUACUUCUGUCACCCGAGGGAGAAUUGGUGGCUUUCGGUUUCGAAGCAUGUGCGAAGUAUACCACCUUACUCGAGGAGAAUGAAGACAAGGACUACUAUUUCUUUGAUCGUUUCAAGAUGCGACUGCAUGCUUCUUAUAAGGACCUGGACAGAAGCGUCUACCUGACAGCCAAAAACGGGAGAACCCUGCCAGCCUUGGACGUGUUCACUCACGCCCUGCGAUACCUGAAACAGCACAUGAUGGAUGCAAUAGCCGAAGUCUCUCAAAGCAUGCAAAUCCGAGAGGAAGACAUCCGCUGGGUCAUCACUGUUCCCGCUAUCUGGAACGACGCAGCCAAACAGUUCAUGCGAGAGGCCGCUUACGAUGCAAACAUAGUGUCUAAGGCAAAUGCAAAGAAACUAGUCAUUGCGCUGGAACCCGAGAGUGCCUCCCUGUUCUGUCGGGAGCUGCCUGUAAACCAGUUCGCAGGAGAACGAGAAGGAGACGGCAGCGACACGCUGAACAUGGCGCCCGGGACACGCUACAUGGUCGUCGACUGUGGGGGUGGAACUGUUGACAUCACAGUACACGAGGUUCGACCAGACAACAGAGUCAAAGAGGCCUAUGCAGCAACAGGGGGUGCGUGGGGAGGGACGCAGGUUGACGAACAGUUCGUUGCUUUGACAGAAGAAGUAUUCGAUAAGUCGUUCAUUGACGACUACCGCUCGUCCUAUCCGUCCGAAUGGCAACAGUGGAUGGACUCGUUUGAGACAAAAAAACGUUCUACCACUUCCGAAUCUGGGUCUGUCAACUUCCCCAUUCACUAUCACUUCAAUGAUUUUCACAAGCGUGUGAAGGGUAGUGACGUUAAAGAGUCUAUUGAUAAUUGUGAUGUAGAGAGGGUGCGUUUCUCGAAUGGGUUUCUUUGCAUACAGGGUGAAACGAUGCGCGAACUGUUCAAAGACGUGAUAGACGAUAUUCUAGAUCACGUAGAAACGCUGAUGCGAAAGAAAGGGCUGUCCAAUCUAGCAUACGUUUUCCUUGUGGGGGGUUUCAGUGAGUCUCCCUUGCUCCAACACGCCUUCAAGAAAAGGUUCUCAAACCAUGUCCGUGUUUUGGUACCGAACGAUGCUAGUUUGGCAGUGGUUCGGGGGGCCGUGAAGUUUGGCCACACUCCCCACCUGAUAAGCGAGCGAAUCAGCCCCAGAACGUACGGUGUUGAAUGUGUGUCUGCAUACAACAGUCGCUUACACAGAGGGGGGAAGUUGUUUCUUGGCCGUUGCAUGGACGCUUUUCACAAGUUUGUCGAAGCUGGUGAAUCUGUCGUGGUAGGGACUGCCAGAAACCACAUUUUUUACCCCCUUUAUCCCGACCAAACAAAGGCCAAUAUAAACGUGUACGGCUCAUAUGACACUGACACCAACAUUACAUCCGCCCCAGGGGUAGAAAAGUUGGGGAUUACCGUGCUAGACAUGCCCGAAACCACCGGGGGUGCAGAUAGACAGAUAAAAAUAACCUUCUAUUUUGGCGACACAGAAAUCGAAGUCGAUGCUGUAGACGUAACUACGGGUUCAAAAGCAAACGUUGAGGUUAAUUUUCUGGAUGACAAUAUAAGGCUUUAA